CUAGGAUGUCUCACGGUGGAAGAAAUGAGUGUAGAAUAUACGUAGGCAAUCUACCACCAGACAUUCGUACAAAGGACAUCCAGGAUCUUUUCUUCAAAUUCGGUAAAGUUACAUUUGUUGAUUUGAAGAACCGCAGAGGACCGCCAUUCGCCUUCGUUGAGUUCGACGACCCAAGGGAUGCAGAAGAUGCAGUACAUGCAAGAGAUGGUUACGACUAUGAUGGUUACAGACUGAGAGUUGAGUUUCCCAGGGGUGGUGGCCCAAGCAACAACUUUCGUGGUGGCCGUGGUGCUGGGGGUGGGGAUAGUGGCGGUCGAGGUGGUAGAGGUGAAAUGAGUAAUUCUCGAGGACGAGGACCUCCAGCUCGUCGAUCUCAAUACAGGGUUUUGGUGACGGGUCUGCCUUCUUCUGGGAGCUGGCAAGAUCUCAAGGACCACAUGCGCGAAGCAGGUGACGUUUGCUUUGCAGAUGUCUACAAAGAUGGAACUGGUGUUGUUGAAUUUCUGCGAUAUGAGGACAUGAAAUAUGCUGUCAAAAAAUUGGAUGAUUCCAGAUUUAGAUCCCAUGAGGGUGAAGUUGCUUAUAUUCGAGUGAAAGAAGAUCAUAGCAGCGGAGACCGGGGCCGCAGCGAAGACAGGGAGAGAGGACGCACUCGUUCCCGAAGUUACAGUCCACGUCGUCGUGGAUCUCCCACGUACUCUCCAUUACGUCGCAACUAUUCGCGGUCUCGAUCCCACUCCAGAUCCCGCUCGUAUGAUUAGUGUGAUAACAGAUCUCUGUCAGAUGAGACCUCAUGGUAGCCAAAUAUAAGAACCAUGAUUUGGUGAUCAUGAGCAUUGCGAGACAUUGUGCCGACAACUCCCACUGCAUCUUUUUACUCGUAACAUGAUGCACACCGUGUCAUCUUCCAUCUUAUGUUUAAACAACUAUAACUUUUAAUAACAAAAUUAUCUAAAAACCACAAAUUUUAGUACUCAUAAGUCAUUUAACUUAUGAAAAUGGAUUGAAAAACCACCCUCUUACUGAGUAUCCCCGAUUCAAGAUGGCAAAUAGUGAUAUAAUCACAUACUAAUGCAUCCGCUGGUUGUGAGUGAAGAAAAAAUAUUUUUAAAGUAAAAAUAAUCAAUUGGAGAAAUAGUCAGUCCAUUUACAUAAGUGUUUAUUGGAUAAUUCUGUAUUAUCUCUAGGGGAUGUAAAAUUCAUAAACAGGUAUUCUCGUAACACACUUAAAUAUCUUAAGAUUUUGAUUUGCGGAGUACAUAACGCAGAGAAGCUCUAAAGAUUAUUAUGAAUAUUUUUAUGAAUAGGAGCAUCUUAAUAUAUAUAUUUACACACUUAUAGUACAUAUAAGUAAAAUAUCCAUUCCUUUGCAAAUAUUGUGAAUUGUAGAUACGGAUCGUGGGCCAGGGCUGCUCAAGUUAAGCAAUGUUCCUUGCAACAAUUAAUCCAAAGCCAGUUGUGGAAAUCAACACCAUAAAAAGGAUUUUAUCCCUGUUGUGUGUUACCUCGAUCUUAAACCGAUUUCUGCAGUGAUUGUUUAAUCAAAGACAAAAGCCUAUAAAAUGUUCAUAAACUUAUUAGCUUUUAUCAUACCCAAACUUGAUCUUUUUCUAAACGUAAACCGUGUUUACGAUUGAAAGACACGACUUUCAUUCCUAUAUUCAUUACAAUCAUUCAGAUUGCAGAAAACGCGUUUGGGUUGCUUGAAUCUAAUCUUGACUAUUAUUGUACCAAGAAACUAAUGUAUUUUUUCUUCUUUUGUAUAUUGGAUUGGAUUGUAACACAAUGAAUGAAAAACUGAAAACUACACGAUGUUACUUCUUGGAUGGAUAUAAAACUUCGUUCAUACUUGACGAUGGGAUGGGAUGGAAUGCAUUUUGGAUGGAUUUGUAUGGAGCAUAAAUUUGAGAGGAUUAAAGAUAAGUCGCAGUGAGGAUAAUCAGGAAUAAGAAUAAAUUUGGACAAGAGGAAAUUCAGGAACGGUCCUCGAGGAAGGAUAUAUUCAAUUCGAGGAUUAUGAAUUAGCUGGAUUUGGAUUCACGCUGAUACACAUUGGCAAGUCCAUUGACCACUCCGUGAAAUUGACAUCGCUAUCAUUUUUACUAAUAUUUUUAUCAAAUUACAGUCUGUUCACGUCUAAUCACAGACAUUUGAGUGUAGCAUUUCAAAAAAGUUCCGUAAUCAUUCCUCAAUGCCGGUAAAAAAAUUGUUAGUGUUUCAAGUUUUCAGAUUAGUUAUACAAAAUCGUAAUGUGCUAGAACCGUUGACUCCUGUUAAAUGUAAAUUUCUAUUCAACCAAAUACCGAAAUUUUCAGUUCUUCGAAUUAUCCAAAUUGAGUGACUUCUUGAUGACGUUUUCAGAGAUCAUCAAACCGACAAGAAUUUGGUAGACUCAUUUGAGGAACGUGUUUUUUUCUUCAAUUUUUCGGAAAUGUUCUGUGAUAUUCAAAGACCAAAGCAUACAAGUGACUAAUCAUAGCAAAAUUUAUAAGAAAAAAAGCACAAAAUUGAUAUAACAGAAGAGGAUAUCACGUAAUUCAAAUAUCGCAUUUUGACGUGAACGGACUAUAGUUUUUGUGGAUUUGGAUAACGCGGAAAUACACAUAUAUACAUGCUGCAAAUGGAUCAGGCAGAUGGACAGAACUGGAAUUUAUUGGGAUUCGGAAGCCUUGCGGGAUUGGUUAUUACGCAUGGAGGAUUCUCGGAUCUGGAUAAAUUCAACGGAUAAUAUAACGCGUACCAUUUGGACUUGUCAAGUGGAUGGGACAGGAUUUUUGGAGGAAGGAUUCGUAUUUCAAUUGGUUUCAAUUAAACGAGACAUGAAUGAGAAAGGCACCUCGCUGCAUAGGGUUGAUGGAAUGCUCUAGGUUGGAUUUGGAUUCGGAUUCGCGAUUGCUUAGGAGAAGAGUUUUGGGAUCGUUGCAAAAUAGUUGGAUAUCAUUUUUGAUGGAUUCGAAAGGAUUGGAUUACCAUAAGGUACUUGUACACCAGUUACCAACUAAUAACUGAUGUACUCUUCAUGUUUGCUUUAUGCAUGCUUUGCUUGCUCCCUUUGGUCUUCUCAGUAACCAGCUUCUAAUUAUUUUUUUUAAUACACUGGCUGAAUGUAUCUAAAUUGAUCUGCGAAUCAAUUAACAUAACUAGAGUACCUACCCUGAACCUGUUUUUAAUCCAAACGGAUUAGUUUUUUAAAUAUAUACAAGAACUGUGUUAGGCAUCGCUGGCUGCCUUACCAUAUCUUAAUCCUCAAUUUCGAGUUCAUCGAAAUCAAUACACCCCUCUUAUCAAAUGGUCCAUCUCACACCAUUGCACGAUCACCAAUACAUAUCGCAUUAGUUUGUACUCAAAUCUAGACAUCCUCAGGUAACUUUAUGCCCUAUGUAGAAGAAAAGCACUUCUGUGUAUCAUGAAGAAGUUGCUUGGUAAAUAGUAUCUACAUGAUGAAAUUAUUCUUUGUUAUCAUAUCCAAAACCUGAGGGUGUUCGGAUGUUUUUGCUGGAUUGUUCAGACAAAUUGAUUUGGUAGUCCAAUUUGUUGACUCCUAUUUUUCAAUCAUUUACCACUUUUGGGACUCACUCAGACCACGUUUACGGUUUAUGUUUCCAUUACGUGAAAUGUCAGUUUUCAGUUUUUUGAAUGAUCCAUGUAUCCGUAAAAAUUUUUGAAUACUUAAUUUUUUUGCAUGUUACAAUCAACUCACAGCAAGCACUUUAAAGAAAGCUUAAUGUAAUAUAUAGGUUCGUUUCACCUUUUCCAAGUUACACCACAAAGUUAGUGAUCCUUAUUCUUUUAUUGACUCAAAAUUCUCUUCUGGUUAUUUGUAUUUCCUGGGAUUUUACUUCAAUAAAAUAGAAGUUUAACAUUUA